UCUAUGUUAUAAUGUUAUGUUGUACUACUCAUUCCCAGUGACCUGCAAAGUAUGGGACUGGGAUGGUUGAGCAACUCACCUUGUCGGGCUCUGCAAUUGGCAAUCGUCUUUGCAUCCGCAAUCACAUCAGUGGCUGGAGCCGAGAUCUACCACGAGUGGCAUGUCACAGUGGAACCCGCAUUCUCGUUAUCAGCUCAUUUGCAGCAGCCAGUGAUAACCAUCAAUGGCAUGUUUCCUGGGCCUCUCAUCAAUGCAACCACUGACGAUGCUAUACAUGUUAACGUGUUUAACAACAUGGACGAGCCCCUUCUCUUUACAUGGAACGGGAUACAACAGAGGCUGAAUUCGUGGCAAGAUGGGGUUUCCGGCACGAACUGUCCGAUCCUGCCUGGCAAAAACUGGACUUAUGAGUUCCAGAUGAAGGACCAAAUCGGGACAUUCUCCUAUUUUCCGUCGAUCAAUUUCCAGAAGGCAGGGGGAGGAUUUGGUUCCAUCAGAGUCAACAACAUGCCAGUUAUUGCCGUUCCUUUUGCCAAGCCAGAAGCCGAAUAUGACCUCCUCAUAGGAGAUUGGUACUAUCAAAGCUACAAGACACUGAGGUCAAGCUUGACCACUGAUCAGACGCAGUCAGAUCGCUCGCCCGAUGCAUUGCUGAUGAACGGGGAACUCCCUUUCGGGUUCACAGAUACCCCUGCGACCUUCAAUGUCACGAAAGGAAAAACCUACCUGUUCCGGAUAUCAAACAUGGGCACGAGACUGAGCUUCAACUUCCGCAUCCAAAAUCACACCAUGGACCUAGUUGAGACAGAAGGUUCCUACACUAGCAGGAUCACUCUGGACUCCCUCGAUGUGCACGUGGGCCAGUCCUACUCGGUCCUUGUGGCAGCCGACCGAGACGAUGACAAGUAUCUGAUGGUAGCAACUCCGAAGCUUAUCGCCGACUUCCAAGCCCACCACCUCGUCGCUCUAGGAAUCCUGGAUUAUGUUAACUCCACUUCGAUGCUUCCAACUUUCCCCAUUCCCGAUGGUCCUGAUCCGUUUGACAUGAAUUUUUCCAUUAACCAAGCCAAAUCUAUAAGGUGGAACAUGACCGCAGGGGCAGCACGGCCAAAUCCACAAGGGACAUUUAACGUGCACAAUGUAACCAUAUCCCAAACAUUUAUCUUACAUGGCUCAGUUGCAGAGCUCAAUGGCUCGACGAGGUACACGGUGAACAAUGUUUCCUACAUCACACCAGACACGCCCCUGAAGCUCGCAGAUCAGUUUGCCAAUGGGUCUGGAGUGUAUGUCCUUGACGAAUUCCCUGUGGCUUCAGUGAAGUUUGUAGCCCAAAAAGGAGUUUUUGUUUCAACUGGGAUUCACAAAGGGUUCAUGGAGAUCGUGUUCAAGAACGACUUGGAGGUGAUGGAUUCUUGGCAUUUGGAUGGGUUUGGGUUUUUCGUAGUUGGGUUUGGUGAUGGAGAAUGGACACUGGAAUCACGAUCCACAUACAACAUACAAGAUCCGGUUUUUCGCUCCACUAUUCAGGUGUAUCCCGGCAGAUGGACUGCGGUAUACGCAUACCUGGACAAUCCGGGAAUGUGGAACUUAAGGUCUCAGAAUUUGAAACAUUGGUACCUAGGACAGGAGUUGUAUGUCAGGGUUUACGAUGCCGAUCCCAACCCUGCCAAGGAGAGGCCACCCCCAGAAAAUCUUCUGUUAUGUGGAAAGUUUGAACCAUCUCCCUCUCCCACUUCCUCCCCCUCCCCCUCCCCCUCCCCAUCUUCCCCAUCUAGUGCAGUAGUUCCGAAACUUACAUGGUUUCAUACCACUAUCAUUUUCCUGAUCACAAUUUUUUCGCAACUUGGAAUGUGAAGAUCAUAUUCCUGGUUCGUUCCGAACAAGCUUGGGAGAGCAUUCGUAAACAAAUGGCUUUUACCACAUAUAUAUAUAUGUGUGUGUGUGUGUGUGUAUCUUGAUGUCCCUGAUUGUAUAUAACGGGUAUAUACAGCCUAUAUACCAAGUGAAGAAAAUAUAAUUAAUUAAACUAUUAAAUACAGACAGCAUGGAAAUUAGCAUUUUCAUAUUUUCUUUUUCUUCCAUCA